AUGCGAUUCUUCACCUUCCUUUGUGCAGCUCUACCUCUGGUGGCAGCAGCUCCAAGCUCAAAUUCAAAUCAAGACAACUUCGGCUCUUACUUCUACAAAGGGCAUGACUUGAGCUCACUCAAAACACUUGAAGAUACGGGAAGCAUCUUCAAAGAUACCGCCAGGAACAACAAAACUCGGCCCGCUGAGGAUAUUCUUGGAGAUGGAGGCAUGAAUACUGUUCGACUGAGAAUUUGGGUCAACCCUGAGAGUGGCACAAAUGGGUUGCAAUAUAAUCUUGAGCUUGCAAAAAGGUUUCAGAAGAAAGGAUAUAAGCUUUACCUCGACUUCCACUUCUCUGAUUCAUGGGCGGACCCACAGAAGCAACCUCUACCAGCUGGUUGGCCAACCACUCUCAAGCCGCUCGCAUCAACGGUUCGAGGUUAUGUGAAAGAUACUCUAGUCGCUUUCAAGAAAGCUGGAAUCAAGCUUGAUCUGGUGUCUCUAGGAAAUGAGAUUCGGCAUGGUAUGCUAUGGCCGCUUGGCUAUGUUGACAUCGAUAUUCAACCAGAUUCCGCUUUGGCGUCUAACUUUUCUGGUCUGGCAACAUUGUACAAAGCAGCCAGAGCUGGAGUUGACGAUGCGUAUCGUGCUGGAUUCUCAAAGACUCAAGUGAUGAUUCAUGUCGAUAACGGGUGGAACGUCACCUUACAGCAAAGAUGGUAUGGAGCCUUGGUAGCCAACGGAGUUCCAACUUCAGCUUGGGAUGUGAUCGGUGUUUCAUUCUAUCCCUUUUAUGGCACGUCGGCCACAUUCGACAACCUCAAGAACUCUUUGAACACCCUUGCUCGUCAAUAUCGCAAGCCACUUCAAGUCGUUGAGACAGACUAUCCAGCCAUCUGUAACGGACAGUGGAACCCAAUCCCAGAGUCUUCGGAGCCAAGCAUCCCGUACAGUGUCGAUGGACAACUGAUCUGGGUGAAGAAAGUGAUUGAUAUUGUAAAGGCGGUGCCUUAUGGACUAGGACGUGGUGUCCACUAUUGGGAGCCGGCCUGGUUGAACAACACGAGUCUCGGUUCUGAUUGUAACGAUGCUAUUCUGUUUCAGCCAGAUUACAGCGGAUGGCCGGUUACGGUUGGGUAUUCUAGGAAAUCUGUGAAUAUGUUCAAGGAGGGAAGAUAG